AUGAACAACAAUGUGUACUAUAAGACCUCGCUUUUGAGAAGGCAGAACGACGAAUUUGAACGCAGGUAUGUGUACUUGAUGGAAAAUUUUCUCAUAAUUAACAAGGUAAGGUCUUAGGCUAAUUUUCAUAGAAGGAGGUUUUAGAUUUGAUAGAUAGGAAAUUUGAUUUGACUUCAAUGGACUGCCAAAUCAAAUGGCAUUAUGAGUACCAAGCCAAAUAAUAUUUAGGGAUAACAUAAUAAAAGAGAUGAUGGUGUAUAACACAUAAUAAAAUUAACGAAUUGUAUAUUGUGAGAAGCAUGCAGUUUUGCUAGACUUGUAAUCCAAACUAGAUGGAAAAGCCUACUACAGAAAUUUCAAAUUGUUUUACCAGAAAUUAGAGGUAUUUAGAACUCAUAAAAAUGUCGAAGUAAUUAAUCUUCAUCAUCCAAAUUUAGAUUUUGAUAUGUAAAAAUAUAAUAACAGAUGAAGUUGUGAUAGCAAAAUAAGUUAAGUUUCCAAAAAAUAAGCACUCUGAUUCUUAUCACAAUGUAAAAAUUCCCAAAAAUUUAGUCUUUUGUAAUGAAUGAAGCUAAGAUAUAUAUGAAAUUAUCUUACAAUCCCCAUCAAUAUCUUUUAGGGGCAAGGUAAAUUUACAUUUGUGAUCAAUCAAUCAUUUAUAUCAUGCAUCAUUGCAAAGGAGGAACACUUUAUGACUAUCUAAUUGAGAAUGAUUUAAAUUUGCCAGAAUUAGUAACUAAAGAGAUUAUGAGAAAGUUACUAGAGGGACUUCAUCAUCUUCAUAAACUCGGAAUUAUGCACAGAGAUUUAAAAUUAGACAACAUCAUGUUACUGAGAAAAAAUGAUCCAAACUCAAUUAGUAUUAUGGACUUUGGAUACUCGACUUUUUUUGAUGAUGAGAGGUUAUUAAAUUAAAGAUGUGGGACCCUUGGAUACAUUGCUCCAGAAAUUUUAAAUAUGAAUGACUACAACGAAUUAUGUGAUAUUUAUAGUUUAGGGUGCAUCUUUCAUGCUUUAUUAACAGGGAAAAAACUUUAUAAAGCACCUAAGUCCACCAAAGCAUCGGAUUUGUUGAUAUUGAAUAGAAAUAGCACAAUUUCGAUGUCCUAAAUUUGUAAUCCCCAUGCCAUGGAAUUAUUAUAAUCAAUGAUAUCUGCUGCUAAGUAAAGGCCCAGUGCUGCUGUCUGUUUGCAGCAUUUGUAUUUUGAAGAGGAAUUAUUUUAGAUAGAAGAUUUCAACACGGAGUAUAUUAUUAAUAUUAUUGUAGAUUGAGACAAUUGGAUUUUCCCCAACUGAGAAACCCAUUUAAAUCUUGA